GUCUUGUGCUCACUGUGUACUCUCUUGUCCCUGAAAAGUGCAGAAGUAAGGCAAAUAAAAGAUUCCGGGGAAACAAAUGCCGAUGAGAAAAUUAGGAAUAAACUGAUAUACAAAGAGACUAGCAAAAGAUGGAUAAAUUUAAGAACAUGUUGAAACCCAAGCCGAACCCACAGCAAUUACUAAGAGAUUGGCAAAGAAAGCUUCGUCAAGAGUGUCGUAACAUUGAACGCCAAAUCAGAGAUGUUCAGAGAGAGGAGAAAAGUGUACAAAAAGCAAUUAGAGAAGCUGCCAAGAGAAAUGACAUGGGGUCUGCUAAGGCACUUGCAAAAGAAAUUGUAAUGUCAAGAAAAGCUGUGAACCGUCUAUAUGAGAAUAAGGCACAGCUUAAUUCAAUAUCCAUGCACCUCGGAGAAAGUGUUGCAAUUGCUCGUACUGUCGGUCAUCUUUCCAAGAGUGCUGAAGUCAUGAAACUUGUAAACAACCUCAUGAAAGCUCCACAAAUGGCUACCACAAUGCAAGAAUUUAGCAAAGAAAUGACCAAGGCUGGGGUGAUUGAAGAAAUAGUAAAUGAUGCUGUUGACACGGCAUUGGAUUCAGAAGAUAUAGAAGAAGAGACAGAAGAAGAAGUCAAUAAGGUUCUUUCGGAAAUAGCUGGGGAAACUGCUGCACAGCUUCCUGAAGCUGUUCGGAAGGAAAGAGCGAGGGUACCUACCCAAAGAGAAACCACUUCACAUCAAGAAGAAGCGAUUGCAGAGGGUGCAGAUGAUGAGGAAGAGUUGGAAGAGAUAAGGGCGCGACUCGCUCGAGUUAGAUCGUAAACCUUUAACUUCCAUUUUGGUGUUCUUUUGCUAUCUAUCAACUAAAAGUGUGUGUUUUGUGUUAGUAUUAAAUAGCUUCUUUUGUGCUCACCGUGAACCUACCAACCAUGCCAGCCAUUUAAAAGAGCUUUGAGUUCACUAGCCAUUAACGAGAGGGACUUACAAUUGUGGCAAUAGCCUCACUGAAAAUUCUAUUUUUGUUGUAAUAUUAUUAUGUAAAUAUAAUGUUUAAAAUAGAUUUGGUAA